UUCAGUUAGCGAUUACAAGUUUUACUACAUACUAGAUAAAAUUAGAUAAAGUUUACUAAAUGUUACGUGUCUAAGUGAAACAUGACUUUGUAAUUAUCGUUUUCAGUGAAAGAGCCUAAAUGGAGGAAUAUUUUUGUUAUGUUAAGUUAAAGAAGACUACUUUUGUAGUUUUUUUAGAUAUUUGUGUUUACUACAAAAAUAGAUGGGAGUGUGUGUGGAUAGUGUAGGUAGUGUGGUGUGGGUUCAGUGAUGGCAACUACAAGUAGUUAUUACGAGCGGAAAUAUGGCACUUCAAGGAAGCCUCCGAGAGUUCUUAGUAACUACACCAAGUUCCUGAAGAAUUUGCACACUGAGCAGAUCGCGAAGCUCCACGCCAAGAACCAGCAUGAGUGCGACUUGCUGGAGGACCUGCGUACGUACACCAUCAAGCGCUCCGCCAUAGAGAAGUCCUACUCCGAGGCGCUGCUCAAGAUCUCUUCUGCCUACCUGAAUAAGAAGAUCCCCAACAUCCCCGACAUCAAGGUGGAUGGAGCGGAGGAGAAAUGGAAUAUGUGGAAUGUAUGGCGUACGGUGCUGGAGGAGAAUGAGAAGCUGGCCAGGGCCCGCCUGGCUGCCGUCGAGGUGUUCCAGCAACAGAUCGCUGAUGAAGCCAAGUUCUUGCGACAGCACAAGCUGAAUGUCGCCAAAAAGUGCACGGACUCGCUUGCGCAAGCGCACAAGGAGCUGCAGUUGACUGUCUCUGACGUGGACAAGACCAAGAAGCUGUAUUUUGACGAGGAGCACACCGCCCACGAUGUCCGCGAUAAGGCCAAGGACAUUGAGGAAAAGCUCAAGAAGAAGAAGGGCUCGUUCUUCCAGUCGAUCACGUCACUGCAGAAGAACAGCGCGAAGGUGUCCUCCCGCCGCGACCAGCUCGAGGAGAAGUCCACGGGAGCCAGGAACGAUUACCUGCUCAGCAUCGCAGCCGCCAAUGCUCACCAGAACCGCUACUUCCUGGUGGAACUGCAGAAUUGCAUGCAAAGCAUGGAGUCCUCGGUCUACGAGAAGGUCUCCGAGUUCCUGACUCUGAUGGGGCGCACGGAGCUACUGACCUGCUCCGCCACCCAGCACUCCUUCGGCAAGAUCAGGGACCAAGCACAGCAACUGACGCGCGACUACAACUUGCAAUGCGUCUACCUUUACUACCCAGUGCUGAAGCAGCAUAUCCAGUACGAGUACGAGGCGUGCGACAACGACCCUGUGGAGACGGUGACGAUGGAGCACGAGUCGGUGGUGUCGACCCUGGCCCAGGAGGCGCGCCGCUGGGCCACUCGGGUGGUCCGUGAGACCGCGCUGGUGCGCGAUGCUACGCGCAAGCUGCACCUGUAUCAGGCUAUGCGCGAUGCUGGGCAGAAGGUGGACCCGAACGACCCGAAUGGUCCGGAGCUGGAGGUGCGAAUGGACGAGCUUCGCGCGAACAUUCGCCGCUCGGAGACGUCGAAGGCGAAGUACGAGGCGCGGCUGGAGUGCCUGCGCGUGAGUGGCGCGCCGGUGGACGAGUGGCUGAAGGAGGUGGACCUGCUUGCGGUGCAGGACACGCUGCCCCGGAGCAGCAGCCUGCUGAGCGUGCGCACCGACGCUUCUGGGGCCGCCGACCAACCGAGCUCCGACUCGUUCUACGACAGCGACAACACGGAGGGCGAAGCCGCCACGUCUGCCGGGCCGACCGGGACCGGCCACCAGCGCACCACCUCCGGCUCUUCGCAGCAGGAUGACGAUCGUGAAGAUGAAGUAGAUGGUAAUCCAAACUUGGAAGAAGAACGCAAGCGCAUGGAGCAACUGUCCGGAGGCUGGGACGACCCCACGCAGGUCAAUUGGGACGAGGCGGAGGCGGACAUCGCGACCACGUCCGGGACGGUCGAGCCACCCGCCGCUCCGCUGUACAAAUGCACUGCACUGUACUCAUAUACAGCUCAGAACCCAGACGAGCUGUCGAUCAUCGAGAGCGAGCAACUAGAGGUGGUGGGCGAAGGCGACGGCGACGGCUGGCUGCGCGCGCGCAACUACCGCGGCGAGGAAGGCUACGUGCCGCACAACUAUCUCGACGUCGACAGGGAGGAGCAGGCCUCAACCUCUGGCCCGGGCCUGGUCGCCCAGAUAUCGUUCUCGUCGGUCGACUACACGGUGGAGGGCGAAGACGCCGACGUGGUCCAGUCUCCGGACCAGAUCUCCGUGAUCUCGGCCCCCGUGGCCAAGCCCGAAGAGCCGAAGGCCGAGGAGCCGGUGGUCGAGGAGCCGAAGCCCGAGCCCGAGCCGCCGAGGGUCGAAGGACCGACCCUGGGGUACUGCUUCGCUCUCUACGAUUAUGAGUCCGAGGCCGCAGACGAACUCAGCUUGGAAGAAGGAUCGAUAAUCCGCGUGACAUCGCGCGAUGCCCACGGCGUGGACGAUGGCUGGUGGCGCGGGGAGGUCAACGGGAUCUUCGGCAACUUCCCCUCGCUCAUCGUGGAGGAGUGUGAUGAGAGCGGCGAGCCGCUAAGCAUCGGCGAAGAAGAUUGGACCCCGCCGGGUUCCGCCCCGCCGGUAUUCUCGUCGCCACCUGGCUCCCCGCCGAACGCCGGUUUCGAUGAUGAAAUGGUGGUGGAGAACAACAACACUAAGAGCGCGGCGCCGCCCGCGGCCCCGCCGCCGCCGCCGCCCGCCGACGCCGACGCCGACGUGUCGGGCCCCAGCCAGGCCGAGCUGGCCGAGCUCGCGGAGUUCAGCUUUAAUUUAGAGCUCACUAGGAACCAGCACGAGCAGUAUGGAACCCAGUUCUCGCUGGUCGGACCGCCGACCAUCGUCGCGCCGUCUGUCACUAUUGUGGUCGACGAGGUUGUCGGUGAAAAUUUAUCAGACGAGGAAGAAGAGGUGCCGGCGCCGGCGCCGCCGCCGAGCAAGCCUGUGCCGCCCAAGGCUGAGUUGCCGGCGGAGGACUGCGGGCUGGGCGUGGCGCAGAUCGUCAUCACCGCCGCCACGCCCAUGGUGGAGGAGCCGGAGCAGCCCUUCCCGCCGCCGGAGCCCGAGCCGGAGCCGGAGCGCCAGGACGACGCCGAGCGCUCGGAGGACGUGGACGACGAGGAGUCCUCGCUGUCGGAGCAGACCGCCGUCUGCCUGCGCGACUCCGACGAGGGCCCCGCCGACUCCACGCCGCACCCCGCGUCCAGCUCCACGGGCUCCGAGGCCGGCUCCACGGGCGCGUCCGUGGCCUCGGGGCCGCCCACGGCGCCGCAGUCCCCGCCCGCGGCGCCGCGCGGCGGCCGCGCCUCCAUCCCCGACGAGCUGGAGCCCGCGCAGCUGGCGCGGCUCACCGACCUCAAGGAGUCCAACGCCUAGGCCACCUGCCCUCGCCAGUCACCCUCGGGUAGCCGCUCGGAGCCCGCCUCUGGCCGUCUAUCGAUGACCGUUUCUCUGCUCUGCGACGUUUAGUUCCACCAUCUGCAUACUGCGAGUUUGUACUUUCUUACUGUUUCAAUGUAUACCAUCUUUGUUCUAUAAUUUCUUACCCUUGACGGUUGAUUGUUUCUAAGACGGGCAAUUUAUAUUCACUUCAGCACAGUCACUUGAAAUAUUAUAGCAAAAUAUUAUAGAUGUAAACCAAUUUAUAUUAUCUAGUGAAUUACCCAUUUUGACCAUUUAGAGAAAUAUUGAUAUUGGAUUUUGUUAGUAAUAUUGAUGUUAGGAUUAAUGUUAACUUUUAAUACUUUGUUACCUAUUGUCUAGAGAUUAUAUGUA